GCGGUAAAUUGUAACCAUGGGUACGCACGGCACGGCUGUUGGUUGGAAACAAUAAAUCCCAAUUCCAAACACUGGACUCUAAGAUUCUAUCCAUCUUUCCAUGGCUUCCGUUGCCCUUUAUUCUACCACUUUCCCGCCGCCCAAAGCAUCGCCGCCUCUCGCUGUUUACUUUGGCGCCAAAGCCAGCAACUCCGCUGUCCCUUCGCUUUCCUUUGGAAUCGCGCGGCCAAAGUCUCAUCCGUUAAGAAGGGCUUUUGUUUGCCGAGCAGCCUCAGUCGUGUUUCGCGAUCUAGACGCCGAUGAUUUUAGGCAUCCUCUUGAUAGACAGAAUACACUGCUUUUGAGAGCAAUUCCAGGUUUGAAUGAGGUCGGCAAAGCUUUAUUGGGAACUGUGUCAGAGCAGGUCAUGUUUCUGGAGAACAUAGGAACAUCACUUCUUGUUUCUGAAAAUCAGCUCCCUGAACUUCAUCAAUUAAUGGUUGAGGCUGCUAAAAUACUAAGCAUUGAGACUCCUGACUUGUAUGUGCGUCAAAGUCCUGUACCAAAUGCAUAUACUCUGGCCAUCAGUGGCAAAAAGCCUUUUGUCGUUGUCCACACAAGUCUAGUGGAGCUCCUCACACGGAAGGAGUUACAGGCUGUCUUGGCUCAUGAGUUAGGUCAUUUGAAGUGCGAUCAUGGUGUGUGGCUGACAGUUGCAAAUAUUCUCACUCUUGGGGCAUAUUCUUUACCUGGUCUUGGUGGUUUGAUCGCUCAACGAUUGGAAGAACAGCUUUUUCGCUGGCUUCGUGCAGCGGAACUCACUUGUGAUCGUGCAGCACUUCUUGUUGCACAAGACCCAAAGGUGGUUGUCUCUGUUCUAAUGAAACUUGCUGGUGGCUCCCCAUCUUUGGCUGAUCAACUGAAUGUGGAUGCCUUCUUGGAACAAGCUCGCUCUUACGAUCAGGCUUCUUCAACCCCAGUGGGAUGGUAUAUAAGAAACGCUCAAACAAGGCAACUUUCACACCCUCUCCCUGUUUUACGUGCACGCGAGAUAGAUGAAUGGUCAAGGAGUCAAGAGUACCAGUAUCUUGUGAAACGCGCAAUGCGGGUCAAUUCUGUGUAACAAAUUCAAUUAUGAAUUCAAGAUUGAAAUCUAAUGAGCUGCGAGAUUUUCAGGCCUAGGCCUGGGUUGCUAGUUAAUGGAUUGAAGCAGCAUAGGAAAAAGUCAGUGGAAGCAGUAUGUAUACUGUAUAGGAGGGUAUAGGAUUGAAAAUUCAUCUGCUUAUGGCAGAGUAUUACUUGUAUGUAUGUAGAAAUAAAUUGUUAAAGCACAAAUGUAAGGUGGCGAGUAACAUUCUUCAACAACUUGAUGGUCAGCUUCGAAUCU